AUAUCAGAAACAUUUGCUUAGACAUUAGCCGAAAUUUUUUUAAGAAAAAAUACAUCUUCGAACAUCAUGGGAUCAUUGGCAAACUCUCAGGUGAUUCCUCUGAUAAAAAUUUCUAGCGACGAGGAGGCUAGCCUUUAUGCCAUGCAGCUUGGGAGCGCGUCCGUGCUUCCCAUGGUUCUGAAAGCAGCCAUAGAGCUCGACUUGCUCGAGAUCAUGGCCAAGAACGAUUGCUUCUUCGGUACUCAGAUGUCUCCUUCAGAGUUAGCAUCCCAUCUCCCAACCAAGAACCCUGAUGCACAGGUCAUGCUUGACCGGAUCCUCCGGUUGCUUGCCUCACACUCCAUACUGACUUGCUCUGUACGUAAACUACAUGACGGUGGUGUAGAGCGUCUCUACGGACUUGACACUGUCUGCAAAUACUUGACUAAUAACGAUGACGGUGUCUCCCUUGCCACUCACUGUCUUUUGAACCAAGACAAGGUCCUCAUGGAGAGUUGGUAUCAUUUGAAGGAUGCAGUCCUUGAAGGAGGGAUCCCAUUCGAUAAGGGAUACGGUAUGCCAACCUUCGUUUAUCAUGGGAAAGACCAGCGAUUUGCAAAUGUGUUUAACAAUGGAAUGUCAAACCACUCCACCAUUGUGAUGAAGAAGAUUCUAGAGGCUUACAAGGGCUUCGAAGGAUUAUCAUCUGUAGUCGAUGUUGGCGGUGGAAUAGGAGCCUCUCUUCAUAUGAUUGUUUCCAAAUACCCAACCAUCAAAGGGACCAACUUUGAUCUCCCACAUGUUAUCGAGAAUGCCCCGUCUCUUGCUGGUAUUGAACAUGUUAAAGGAGAUAUGUUUGUUAGUGUUCCCAAAGGAGAUGCCAUAUUCCUUAAGUGGGUUUGCCAUGACUGGAGCGACGAACACUGCUUGAAAUUAUUGAAAAACUGCUAUGAAGCUCUUCCGGAUGAUGGAAAGGUGAUAGCUGUGGAGUGCUUAGUUCCAAUAGCACCAGACUCGAGCCUCUUGACCAAACAAGUAGUCCACUUGGACUGUAUCAUGAUGGCUCACACCGCCGGCGGCAGAGAGCGAACCGAAGAGGAGUUUGAGUCUUUGGCAAGAAGAGUUGGUUUCAAAGGCUUCCAAGUCAUUUGCAGCGUUUUUGGCACUUACAUCAUGGAAUUCUACAAGAUGACUUGAUCACUUCAACCUUCUUGCUUCUGUUGUGUGGUUGUCUUUUCUAUUUUCUUUUUUUUUUUUUAUCUAUGUAAUCGUUGUCUUGUCGUUGUUAUUGUUGAAUUUGCUUGGUCUGAAGUGCUGA